AAGUGGAUUUUUGUUUUCAAGCACCUCCAAGUGGAUUUUUGUUUUCAAGCACCUCCAAGUGUCGUCCUCGAAAAUGCUCUAGCGUAAAUGGAGUUUCAAAAAUGACGAACUCUUGAGACAGAAUUCUCGUUUGUUUUGAGAAAAGAUCAGAGAGGGGAUGAUUAGGGUUUCAGACAGUAUCCCGAUGUAAGAAACCAUUGGUUACUAUUCUAAAGAAUGAAGAACAGCGUGGAAUCUCGCGAAGAAGAUGCAAAUGUUUCUUCUUCAUUUAGUCGUUUACCAGAUGAAAUCAUCCUCCAGAUUUUAAACAAAUUAAUCGAUUUGAAAACCCUAUGCUUUUGCUAUCUCGUUUCCAAACAUUUGUCCUCGAUUGUACUUCAAAUCGAAGCCAUUUCCUUCACUGCUCCUUUAUUAAACUUAAACCCUCGCAUUUCCGAUAAGAACACCGUCAGUGACGUCUCCCCAAGUGGAAAGCUAAGUUCUGUUGCAGAAUGA